AUCACUCGAUAUCAUUCCGCUGUCAGGCGCAGUAGGAAGCACAAAAUGCUGAUAUUUUAGUGAUGAUUACACCAAAAUGUUUACAAUAAUGCUGUGCCCAUAGACUGAAAAAUGUUGUGGAGAACAGUGUUGUGUGUUUUUUUUGUUGUUGGUGUAUGUGCAAAACCGAGGAGUGGGGAAGAUCAGCAAAAUGAAUGUGACGAGUCAAAUUGCACGGGGGAUGCUUACGAGUGUAUAAACGGGGACUGUUACUGUGCCCGAGGGUUCAUACCGAACCCUUUCCAAAACCGAUGCACAAAAUGUCCAGGUGCAGGGGACAAAUGUUUCGGGCCGUGUUGCAGUGAGAACACCACCCUCACGUGCUGGCAAGGGGUCUGCCAGAAAUGUUACGAUCCAUACGGAACGUGGAUUUGUAGGGAAUCCCUAGACCACAUCCUCUUGAUAUCGAGCACGCAGAUUGCAAUGGCGACGGCGUUGGUGCUCGGAAUCAUAGCUACUUUCAUGCUGCUCUACAAGUUGUGUGCUGCCAGUACUUUAAGACCAAUGGGAGGCGGCUCAAAUUAUGAAGGUAGAUUAUCCAUUGGAAGUCUGCAAUUAUACGUAGAAGAGAGAUUGAGAGACGCACCGCCAAGGUAUUCAAGAACAGCACCUCCCGGGACAACUGCCAUACCAGCGACUGUUUACGUAAAUUCUGGAUUUAUACAUGACUGUAGCGUUCUGCCUCCACCCCCAUACACUCCACCGAAAAACGAAGACACACAGCACGCUUCAGUACACAUAUGACAAUCCAUAAAUCCAUAACGUGCUUAAAUAUUUUACUUUGUAAUUACGUAGGUAAGUUAUUGUAAGUUUGGACUAAGCGAAAAGAGAAAAAUAAACAUUUUUUUUU